CUGAUCUGAACCUUCAUCUCUGCGGCUGAAUCUCUGAACAUGUGGUGUGUUCAGGUGUCUGUGAAGCCGCAGGAGAACAGGGACUCUUGUCUUUGAAGCCUUUGAACGAGACGUUUUGGGGGAGUUGAUGGGGUACCAGAGGAGGCACAGCCUGGCAGGAGGAGGUGUUGCUGUGGUCAGGUGCUCGUGUUCAGAGGAGGAGGUGAGGAUCUCCUUCAGGAGCAGAGUGGACGAGCGGCGGCUCAGACGGGUGUUUCUGCGCCGCUGGUUUGGUGGACUUUCAGUGUCUCUGCUGCUCAGAUAUUUGUCUAAAGCCUCAGAGGACUGGGAGUCGCCUCGUUUGUCCAACGCCUCCAUCAGCAGCGAUGAGCGCGCUCCAUCCGCCGAUGCCUCGGACCCGCCGCCGUCGGGCCGGCGCCCCGUGAGCCUGAUCUCCACACAGUCCUCGGGUUACGGAUCCUCCAGGGACGACUACCCCGCGCCGCCUCAACUCCCCGCUGGGUCCUCCGACGUCGACCCGAACCAGAACCUGAGCCCCGCAGAGGACGCCGCUGACCCCGAGGGGCCGAGCCCCCAGCCCUCGACGAAGAGUUGUAGCUUCGUUCACAGUAAGAACGGCCUAAAUAAAGGGGGCACACCAAACCGGGCCUCCAGUCGCCGGCAGCCCUUCAUCAGCGCCACCAUGGCGCCCAACCCCCAGCUGACCUACCUGGACCGCGUCAUCAUGGAGAUCAUCGAGUCCGAGAGGAUGUACGUCAGAGACCUGCGGAUGAUCGUAGAGGAUUAUCUGGCUCACAUCAUCGAUCAGUCCAGUCUGUCCAUCCAUCCUGAGCAGGUCUGCGCUCUGUUUGGAAACAUCGAGGACAUUUAUGAGUUCAACAGCGAGCUGCUGCACGACCUCGACUUGUGUGAGAACGAUCCCGUCGCCGUCGCCAGGUGUUUUGUUGUGAAGAGUGAUUACUUUGAAAUCUACACCCAGUACUGCACCAACUACCCAAACUCAGUGGCAGCGCUGACAGAGUGCAUGAGGAACAAAUCUCUGGCCAAGUUUUUUCGUGACCGUCAGGCGUCGUUGAAGCGCUCACUUCCUCUGGGUUCGUACCUGCUGAAGCCUGUUCAGAGGAUUCUGAAGUACCACCUGCUGCUACAGGAGAUUGCGAAGCACUUUGACCCCGAGGAGGAGGGGUAUGAGGUGGUGGAGGAGGCCAUCUACACCAUGACGGGCGUGGCCUGGUACAUCAACGACAUGAAGAGGAAACACGAGCACGCCGUCCGCCUGCAGGAGGUCCAGUCUCUGCUGCUGAACUGGAAAGGCCCAGACCUCUGCACAUUUGGAGAACUGGUUCUGGAGGGAACCUUCAAAGUCCCACGGGCCAAACACGAGAGGACGCUCUUCCUGUUUGACCGCAUGCUGCUCAUCACCAAACGCCGCGAGGAACACUACGUCUACAAGACGCACAUCUCUAGCUCCACCCUGAUGCUGAUCGAGAGCGCCAAAGACUCUCUGAGCUUCAGCGUGACCCACUACAAACACCCCAAACAGCCUCAGACGGUCCAGGCGAAGACGGUGGAAGAGAAGAAGCUCUGGGCUCAUCACAUCAAACGCAUCAUUCUGGAAAACCACCACGCCGUCAUCCCACAGAAGGCUAAAGAAGCCAUUCUGGAGAUGGAUUCUAUCUAUCCUCCCAGGUACCGUUACAGUCCUGAGCGUCUGAAGAAACCCGGGUCCGAUGAAUUUCCACGAGACGCUCGUUAUGGCCGCAGACAGUCAGAACCAACCAAACAAAUGAUGAAGAACAGCAAAGCUGAACUCGCAGCACGUCUGGAGGAGACGGAACGAGGUGACAGCUCCUCUAACAGAGAAAAUGGACAACUUUCUGAAAGCAACAAGCUGAAUGGAUCUGAAUCAACACCUGAACAGCAAACAGCGGGCGAGCUUGAACAAGGGAAAACACCAGAGAAGACAGAAGAUUCUGAACCAGAACUGUCCUCUGAUCCGGCCUCUUCUAUCAUCUCUGUGUCGCCUCAGAAGUCAGAAGAUCCAAAGCCUGAGGAAAAUCCUGACCCUGUAGAGGAGCCGUCCUGUGCCACAACAGAUUCAGACUCAAAGACCUUGAGCAGCGGCGAGUCCUCUGAGGACGAGAGGGAUGCCCACGAGGAGUCCGGAUCCCCGAGCAUCCUCCCGUCCUCGGUUCUGGACAAGGCCAGCGACAUCGCUCAGCACUUCAGCAGCAUCAAGAGAGGCAGCCUGGCUCAGGACGACGCUCGCUCUAUCAGCUGCGCUUCGCCUCGGCUGCCCAGCAGGACCAGCAGCAUCCUCAGCCUCAGCACCGAGGUGGCCGACCGGCCUCUGAGGCGUAACAGCGUGUCUUCAGAACCCCCAGAGACCUUCAACGACACGGACCUCACCUUGCCGACCAAUCGAGACGACGGCAUCUAUGAUCCAGACCGAAGCAUCCGGCGAAGGCGGGACUCCACCCUGUCCAAGCAGGACCAGAUUCUCAUUGGGAAAAUCAAGACCUACUAUGAGAACGCCGGAAACCAGGACGCCACCUUCAGCAUCCGACGCAGGGAGAGUCUGACCUACAUCCCGACGGGGCUGGUCAGGAGCUCAGUCAGCCGGCUGAACAACGUCCGAACAAACUCGACUGCCUCGACCGCAUCUUCAAGCCUGGAUCCUCCCUCUGCGGAUUAUACUCUACCUUCUAGUCUCUCUUUGGACUCUUUGAAGUCCGAUCAGCUAAACUCCGAUUCUGGGGACCAGCAGAGGUCCAGGUCUCAAAGCCUGCACGAUGAUCUCUUUGACGAUGAAGAGUUCAGACCGUCAUCUGAAAUGAUAAAGGUCUGGCAGGAGAUGGAGCAGCGGAUCACCGACGACAGAGAGUUUGGUCAAUCCGGUGACGUUGUUACCCCAACCAAGAGUUCUGACCCCGAGAGUGGAGCUUCUGACCUCAGCACCAUCACAGAGGACUCCACAAGUCCUUCGCCCCCCAAACCCAAAGCUCCAGGCUUCAGUCGGACAGGAAGCGUGAAGAACGCCCUGAGGUGUUUUGGGGAGGAGGCCGCAGUUCUCAAAGCCACGGUUCCCCGAGUGGCCCAGCUGAGGGCGGAGGCCGAGGGCGAAAGACCCGGAGACGGCUCGAAACAGACGGAUGACGUCGACAAGGGGAACAGCAAAGUCCUCUCUCUGGCCCGUCGGUACAGUCAGCUGAUCAAAACCACCAAACCCACGGUCCAGCAGCGAAACCAGACCGCCCCCGUUAAGAAGAGCUUGGCUUGUGUGGUGGAGGAGAAGGAGAACUCAGGUAAAUCCAGCCUAUCUUUGCCACUGGUAUCUAAUCACCCGGACCCCUCUCUGCCUCUAAGCCCCGCAGACCGGUCUCCGGUCACUGACAGCUCCAGGGGAGUCUCUCCAGGCCGGGCUCCUUCUCGUAGCCCCCUCAGCCCAUCUCCUCCCGUUGAAGUCUUCACCUGGCCCGAUGUCCGUGAACUCCGGUCCAAGUACUCCAUCGGCAGGUGCGCCCAGAGGAACCCGGUGAGCCGGAGCCGCUCCAUCCCAGAGAAGUUGUUCAUAGGCGGUCAGAGGAGGCAUUCCAGCGGCUCCAGCCUCCUCGACGUCGAAGCGUCCGGAGCGGCGUCUUCGCGCAAACCUCGAAGGAGCCGAAACGUGAGCCAGGAGGAACGCAGCAAACGGCUUCACCGAGCCAACUCUCUGGACCCUCGUUUGAGCGGGGCACAGAUGAGCGAGCUGCAGAGGCUCCAGGACGAGUCCAGCUGCGACGGCUACUACAUCUCAGCCGAGGCGCCGCUGACCGACGACCCCGAGCACAAAAUCAUCAUCAUGGAGAAACUGCCCAACAAAACGGCAGGAAAACCAAAAGAGGACGACGACGGCAGCUACGUCCAGAUCCGCUCUCCCACCAGCAGGGAGAAGAUCUCCAUCAUGGCCGUCAUCGACCGCUGCCGGGCCUAUCAGGAGUCCGACGAAUACAAACAAAGAGAGGAAGCCAAAACCAAAAGUGAGCCCGGAAAGACGGCAGCGGCCUCUGCCGAGCAGGACGAGGGUCCGAAAACCAGAUCAAACUCAGGACCGAAGGCAGAGAGCAGUCAGGGGAGCAUCGUGAAAAAUUUGAGAGAAAAGUUCCAGAGUCACAACUAAAACUAAAGAAUCUGCAGCGUCUUUAAUAUUUAUUUCAAAAUAAAACGUCAGGUCUGCUGACGACAGACGACCAAAGAUAUAAAAACACAGUUCCAGUUCAAAUACUGACCAAAGGUCAACGGUUCCACUGUUUCCCCUUCUCUGUAACAAAAA